AUGACUCCUAUUUUACUUUUUAUCUCUCCAUUUUUUACUUUUUGUCUGUACACGUUCCCCCUUUCUUUUUUUCCUUUCUUUCUUUCUUUCUUUCUUUCUUUCUUUCUUUCUUUCUUUCUUUCUUUCUUUUUUCUUUUUCCCUUCUUUUUUUUUUACUCUAUAACGCCUCUAAUUCUUUACAUACCUUCACUCCCCCCCUCUCUUUCCUAUUCUCGUCCUCCCGACUCUUCCUGCUAUAAUUUCUUCUUUCUCGGUUUAUUCCUCAUUCAUUGUGUUUUUACUUCUUCAUCCAAUUUUUUUCCUUUUAUUCUCUUCUUUUGCUACAUUUUUUCUCGCCUUCAUCUUCUCUUCUUUCUCUCUUUCUCCAUCACUCCUCUUUUCUAUCUUUUUCGUUGCAUUACAUUUUUAUUUUUAAUUAUUUUCCUUUUCUUUCUCCACUCCUUCGUAAUUUCAUUCUUUUCCUCCUCUUUUUUCUUCUUUCUUUCUUUUUUCUUUCUUUUUUUCUUUCUUUAUGGUUCUUCUCCUCUUCCUUCUCCUAUUCGUUUUCUUCAUCUUCUGAUCCAUUCUGUAAGCAUUUGCAAACAGCCACUUACGAACAAACUCUUAUCAGCCCCGCCUGUACUCCGUCUAUUUUUCGUUCAUUUUUCUCUCUUUGUCUUUCACCCGCUCGCUCUCUCUUUUGCCUGCCGUCGCAACCAAACAGACAUCAAUUUAGUCUCACGCAGCCUUGUUCCGCCCUGUUCUCUUCUCUCCUUUCGAACUGUUCACUUCUCUCCGCUGUUUUCUUCUGUUCUGCCAAUUUUAUAUACACACAAACAUUUAGACUGGGCAGGCAGAUGCACACACAACGUUCGGACUACUCCAGGACACCGCGAUUUCUGCUCUUCCAUUCAUGCACUCAGGUCACUCUCUUUCUCUCUCUCUCUCUCUCUCUCUCUCUCUCUCUUUCAGUUCAUAUCAGUUUAUCAGUAUAUUUCUUGCUCUCUAUCUCCCUCUCUGGAUAGCUAUGCAUGUUUCAGUGUGAUCAUAUCUAUCUAUCUAUCUAUCUAUCUAUCUAUCUAUCUAUCUAUCUAUCUAUCUAGAGAGAGAGAGAGAGAGAGAGACAGACAGACAGACAGACAGACAGACAGAUUCUAUCUCUCUAUCUAUCUCAUUCUUAGUUUUCUUUGUACCUUUCUUUUAAAUGCCUUUUUCUUUCUUUUUCCAAAGGUUUCCGUUAAUUUAUUAUAUUUUCCCCAAUUUACAUUAUUCUUUCUUUCUUUCUUUCUUUCUUUCUUUCUUUCUUUCUUUCUUUCUUAUAUAUUUUUCCAUUCUCUCUUCAGAAUUCAGUUUUCUUUCUUUCUUUCUUUACCCCACCGCGUCUCUUCUAAAUUAUUAGCUUUUUCUUUCUUAUUCAUAUUUUCAUGUCCUUCCUUCCUUCCUUCCUUCCUUCCUUCCUUCCUUCCUUCCUUCCUUCCUUUAAUUAUAGCUUUUCCAUUCUUAUUCAAAUUCAAAGUAUUCUUUUCUCUUUCUCUGAAAAUAUAUCUUCAUUCUUAUUCAAAUUUUUGUCUUCUUUCUUUUUAUUUCUUUCUUAACUAUAGCCUUUUAAUUUUUAUUUAUAUUUUCAAUCUUCUUUCUUUCUUUCUUCUUUCUUUCUAUUUUCUCUUGAAUUACCUCACCUUUUUCAUUCUUAUUGAAAUUUUAAAUCUUCUUUCUCCUCCUAUUACUUUUUUCUUUCUUUCUUUCUUUUUUUUCUUUCUUUCUUUCUUUCUUUCUUUCUUUCUUUCUUUCUACUCUCUUUUUAAUUACCUCAUCCUUCUCUCUUCUUCUGAUCAUAUCUAUCUAUCUAUCUAUCUAUCUAUCUAUCUAUCUAUCUAUCUAUCACUACAUCUAAUGAGCUAUCCAUUUUAA